GAUGUAUGGUCCCAAAAUGUCUGAGGGUGGACAAAACGAUGAACGUGAACAAGGUGAUAAAAAAGAAAGUGGAGAUGGGAGAUCUCUGAGUCGGACGUCUGCAGUAGGUGAAGCUAAGAAGUAUCUUCCUCAAGGUAUAGUGAUCCAGCUGACAGGUACAGAUGGAGAAUGGGACAGUCGAGAUGACAGUGAGGUCCUCUUCUCGCUCAGUCAUGAUGAGGACUACCCAUCGAUUUCCCUUUCCAGACAGAGGCAUCUUUCUGUCGAAGAGGACACAAAGCUGCCUUUCCAAAGCUUCCACGUUCCUCUCUCACCCUCGUCUCCUGACUCUUUCGGGAAUUGCUCCAACUUCAGCUCCAAUUUACUCUCUCCAGGUCCCCCUUCACCUACCCACCAGCCACUGUCCAGCUUGGUAAAGUCUCUGUCCACAGAGCUGGAGCUGAAGGAGGGCUCCUCCCUCAGACCAAAACCUCUUCUCAACCUUGUGAAGUCAAUCUCCACAGAGAUCUCCUGCUCAGAGCCUGAGGUGUCACAGUCCAAAUCUGACUCCCGUCUCAACCUGCACCUAUGGAAGCAACUGACCCAGCCUAAAACCCGCAGCAGUGGCAACUCGCACACUGCGCCGCCCUCUCCUAGUUUCAUAUACCCGAGUGGAGAUGGUCUGAAAGGCAACUUCUUUAAAAUGGAGUUAGAGGACACCAAAAGGAAGCUCUCUGAAGCCAUGCAGGAACCACUAAGCAGUAUGUUCAGUAAGAUCAUGAGAGAAGAGGGUGCAGGAAGCCCCAAACAUCAGGGUAAGACCCAAGGAGCUCAGCAAGACAGCUCCAAAACAUCUGGAUGGGAAGGUAGCACAGACAUAGCAGGUUUAGGAUCUCCUGGGAAGAACACUGGGAGAACAGACACUGAUUUCUUGCCGACUUCUGAAUGGUCUUCAGUCAGCCAUCCUUGCCCACUGCAUCACGGCAGACAACAUCACAAGGAUGAAGAGCUCAAAAUAUAUAGUGAUGGUGAAAUCAUGCAAGUACUCGCUGUUGAAAAUCACAGCCAGAUACAAACUAAACCUGCUGGCUCUCAUGUCACAGAUCCAGCAAUGGUUGGGACAUCUCUUCUGUCUCAGUCCACCCGUCCUCUACCAUAUAUGAGUUUAUUCUGUGUGGCAGCAUUGACCUAUGGCUACUUUACACUACCUCUGAGUCCUUACUCGUCUGGCCUGGCUUUGGGUUUGGCAUGUGGUUUCUUGCUUGGACUUUUCCUCAUUAGGCUGGGUGCUUCCAGGACUCAUUCUUCAGAUCCUCCAUGCCACCAGACACCCACUCUUUUGGGACAGGGGAUUUUAGCAAGUUGCACUAACAUCACUGUACCUGAUACCCUCAAGGGCUGGAUGAGUGAAUUACAUGAAUAUGACCCCGAAACCUAUCAUCCAGCUCUGGCACACUACGUGUUUGCCACCCUGGAGGGCUCCUGUCUCCGUCUGGACUCAACAAACAAGGAACGAGUUCAUGAGGCAACUAUCAUCAAAUCGCGCACCUUUCAACUAGCAAAGAGCAAAGUGUCACUUCUGCCACUUGUGUUAGCUCAUAAGCGUGUUUGGAACCCCAAAUAUCCCAUCUGCAUUCAACUGGCCAAAGGAGGAGAUUCCCUGGAGGAGGAGGAGGAGGAGAUAAGAGGAGAGGAACCACAAACUGAGAGAUCCUCCAAAUGCCACAGUGACCCGUUCACCACCCUUUACCUCUUUGGUCGUACAGGAAGAGAGAAGGAGGAAUGGUUUCGCCAUUUUCUGUUUGCAUCCAUGGAUACGGAAAGGGAGAAAGAGAGAGCCAGCAGAUACAUGUCCACACCGGAUGAAGCGUCACUGCCACAGAACGUGAGUGCCUCGAGACAUUUCCCAAACAGCAGAGGGGGCAGCAGUGACGAUGAUGCCCCCUCCACGCCUCACCUCCACUCUGUGCCCACAGCUCAUGCCACUCACUCCUCCAGUGCCACCAAGGGCAUCUUACACCCAGACUACACCACCUACAUGGCUCGUCUCCUGGCCACAGAGGAGGCCAGCCCCCCCUCCAGCAGCACAGAGACGAGUGCCACCAUCAGGCCAAAUUGUACCUGCUGCCUAGCAGAGGAUUUUGGGAAGGCCCAGACUGCGUGGAUUAACGCUCUGAUCGGUCGAAUCUUCUGGGACUUCCUCAGAGAGAAGCACUGGGCCGACGUGGUCUCCUGCAAGAUCCAGAAGAAACUCAGCAAGAUCAAACUGCCUUAUUUUAUGAAUGAGCUGACUGUGACUGAGAUGGAUCUGGGCUCCAACAUGCCGCAGAUCACUGCUACGUCCAGACCAGAAGUCAACCAAAGAGGCUUGUGGGUAGGGGUGCAGAUGGUCUACACUGGCGCCCUGCAGAUGACCUUACAAACCAAAUUCAAUUUGUCCAAGCUGGGGAAGGACAGCAGCCAGGAGGCGGAUUAUACGACUCACCCUGGCAUGCCACACUGCAGACCCGUCCUGACUGUGCUGGCAGACAGCGACGAGGAGUCGUCCAGCGCUGGUUCAUCUGAUGAAGAAGAGCUGCUUCUGGCUGAGCCUCAGGGGCCCGUCAGGGAUAAAGGACCUGUGCCAAGAGCUGAAGGGUCAGCAUCUGGCAAAACCAGACGGAAGAUUUUGAGAUUUGUGGAUAAAAUUGCCAAAUCCAAGUAUUUCCAGAAGGCCACAGAGAACGAGUUCAUUAAGAAGAAGUUCGAAGAGAUGUCCAACACGCCCCUGCUGCUGAGUGUGGAGGUUCAAGAGCUGUCGGGGACUUUGGUCAUCAACAUUCCUCCGCCCCCUACAGACAGGAUAUGGUACAGCUUCUGUGUCUCACCCAAGCUGGAUCUGUGUGUCCGACCCAAACUAGGGGAGAGGGAGCUGACGUCCUGCCAUGUGACUGAAUGGAUUGAAAAGAAACUGCAGCAUGAGUUCCAGAAAGUGUUUGUUCUGCCAAACAUGGAUGACAUUUACAUUCCCCUGAUGCACUCUGGGAUGGAUAUACCUCAAACAUUGCAGAGUCCGUCCUCUCAGUCCCAGUGGUCCCACAGCUCCUUCACAGAGUCCGUAGAGAAGAGCCCACCUGAGAUCUGUGGAACAGAAUCUGACUAGUGCCUCACUGCUGCUGUUCCAUGUCA